GAGAGAGAGGAUUUAAAUAAGAGUGGGUUUUGUUUUUAUAAGACCCAGUGCGUGAUCUGUGGUGCUUUAGUGUUAGUCGACUAGUCAGUGCAUCGCUGAUGAAGUUUCAGUAGCAGAGAGAGAGACCGAGCUAGCCCAGGUGUGAAACUGCUUCCCCGGCUGGCAACUAACACUAAUGUUGACCGACAGCUACUCAGCUACCAACUGAAGCCGGAGGACCUGAAGCGUGGUUUGACACAAAAGAAUCCCGACUUGAGAGAGGACUAGGGCCAAAAGUGAGGCGAGACAAAACAAAGUCAUGCCGUCAGUGAUGGAGCGCUCAGGAUCCGGAGUGCUUUCCCGCAGCAGGGCAAAAACAGCGACUAACGGCAACAGUCAUCAGCACACUGAUGAGGAAAGCAGCGAUGAAGAGCAUUCACAUGACAGCAUGAUUCGUGUGGGUGCAGACUACCAGGCACAGAUCCCAGAGUACAAGCCAGAGCUCGAGUCUGAUUACAGUGAGAAAGACCAGAGAAGCAUGCUUGUGUGGUCACCCGACAGCCAAGUGUCUGAUGCAAUGUUGGACGAAUACAUCCUAAUGGCCAAAGAGAAGCACGGAUAUAAUAUGGAACAGUCUUUAGGUAUGCUGCUGUGGCACAAGCAUGAUGUGGAGAGGUCCCUGGCUGACCUGGCCAACUUCACGCCCUUUCCCGAUGAGUGGACGGUGGAGGAUAAGGUGCUGUUUGAGCAGGCGUUCAGUUUCCACGGGAAGAGUUUCCAUCGCAUCCAACAGAUGCUGCCAGAUAAGCUGAUCUCCAGCCUGGUGAAAUAUUACUACUCCUGGAAGAAGACUCGGACUCGCACCAGCGUCAUGGACAGACAGGCCCGCAAACUCAUUAGCAAGAGAGAGAAAGAUGACAGUAAUGACGAUAUAGAAGAAGGAGAGCAGGGAAGUGACAGCGACUUUGAGAUCGUCGCAAAGAAAGAGGCCAAGCUGACCCUCGGUUCCGGAGGAGGCAGCGAAAGGAGCUCGGGGAGGUCAGGACCGACACGCAAAGAGAGCCAGGGAGCUCAAUAUCGGCAUCAUCCGCUGAGGGCACGCCGCAGACCUCCAAAGGGCAUGUACCUGGUUCAGGAUGACAUCAUCGCCCUGUCGGCUUCCACAGAGUCAGGCACCGUCUCGAACCGCCAGCUCGACACUCAGCUGGUGUCACUCAAGAGACAGGUUCAAAGUAUCAAGCAAGCAAACAGUGUCCUCAAACGGAGUUUGGCGGAUGGUAUUGAACCCAUAAGACCAGCUGAGCCCACUCUUAAGAUUAACUCUCGCUGGACCACAGAAGAGCAGCUACUGGCUGUACAGGCCAUCAGGCGCUACGGUAAAGACUUUGCCGCCAUCGCUGAUGUGAUUGGGAACAAGACGGCGGGUCAGGUGAGCUCAUUCUUCAUCAGCUACCGCCGCCGUUUCAAUCUGGAGGAAGUGCUGCGCGAAUGGCAGGCAGAACAGGAAGUGCUGCGGGGGAACAGCGAGACCAUGAAGGACCUGAACGGGACAGCAGGAGUGGAAGAUGAAGAGACUAAGAGGGACACUGUGUCCCCUGCAGACUCGGGCAGUCCACAGCCGUCCUCUGAAGUAGCCAGCAACUCCAGCCAGUCUUCUCCUCCCCUUACCCAACCCCCACCUUUACUACGCCCGACUCCCCCCAGUGCACCCCCGAGCUUGCUGCGACAGCCUCCUCCUCUUCAAACGCGUCCGCUCCAGACCCGAACACCACACAACCACCCUCCACCUCCACUCAUCCGUCCGGCCGUGGCCUCAUCUCACCACCAGAGCAACUCGAGGAACUCCAUCGGGUCCUCUGCAGGCUCCGGCGCACAGCUGCCUCCCUCGCUGAUGGGGAUCGAAGUGGAGUCACCACACUCGCACUGAUUGAUGCGAGCCGCCAGCACUGAUCUCAAACCAGUUCUAAAUUAGGAUGUUAACAGGAAACCGGUCGCAGUUCAGGGCAACUUCUAGGAAAAAAAACGACUGUCCAGGUGCCAAGGGGAUAAAAAAAAAAAAAAAACCUUCUCGCAGUUGUUCAGGCACAAAAGAUGAGUCAGGGAUGGUGAAUAGACAAAGUUCAGGUGACAGGUGAAAUUAGUCAGCAGUAAGUUUGGCAUCACUCAGAAAAUCCCCAUUAAACACCAACAGUUGUACAGGCAAAGAUCUCCCUUUGUCAAUCAUCUAGUACAGAAAAAAAAACCUCAGUGCAGACUUGCCAAAUAAAGACCACACACACACCUAGAGGGCCUCAGCUUUAAUGGUAUACCUCAGAGGAGGCCACCGAACCCACAACCACAUCGUUCACGGUGAUCAGUUACGCAAACGAACUUUGUCAGGAAACAUCGUUAGUACUUGAACCAAAAUUUCUCGAUAGAGAAAAAGAGCCUUUAGACAUUAUUCACUGUAUUGUAAUGAAAUGCCUUGACAACUGAAUCACAGGUUUCCCAUCUCCAUGGCAACAGAGCAGAACAUCUCCAACUAUGUUACAAGGAAGACACCACAUGAUGUUUGCGAGUGUAAACUGGGAACAGGCAUUUUUUUGGUCUCCAUUAAAAAAACCAUGUAUUACUAGAACUCA